GGCACAGAACACAAACACGGAAGAGAAUUCCGAACGAUUUAAUAUUUAAACCCGGAGAAAGUCACCAAAAGCACCUUAGCGAAAGAAUUUUUUUGAGAACUAUUACUGGAGGAAGUAUGUCAAACAACUCAACGACCGAUGGCACAGUUGAAAGUUGUUUCAAGACGUACAUUGUUUUGGAACCAACGACGGCAUACAUAAUCAAUAGUAUAAUUGGUUGCAUCGUAAACAUCGUGUUUGCUGUGGCAGGAACAUUUCUGAACGCACUCGUAGUAUGCGUUUUUUGGAAAACACCAAAACUCCGACUAAAAGUGACGUAUUUUAUGAUUAUGGUCCUAUCAACGAUUGAUCUUUCAGUCUCAAUCAUCGUACACCCAUUGCAUGUUCUUAAUUCUAUAGCGGAGAUCACUCAAGCUGCGAAGUGCGGCUAUAAAAUGUUCUACCAGACAUCAGCCGUGAUUUUUUCAGGAAUGUCGUUUUUAACUUUCUUUGUUAUGAAUUGUGAAAGAUAUGUAUCAAUAGUUCAUCCAUUCUUUCAUCUUAACCACAUCUCUAAACAAAGAUGCCUUUUCGUAUCUUCUUUGACUUGGAUUAUCUGCCUCGUCACUGGCAUUGCGCCCAUAUUUGCUUUGGAUAUUCAAAAUUUCAUCACAGUACUUGCUAUCGUUGUGAUUAUUGGCACAUUCUAUAUUUAUGUGAACAUAUUUAUCGAAGCUAGAAAGAGGCAAAACUCUAGAGGAAGAUCUAUUUGUAAAAUACAUGCAGAUAAUCACAUGUCUGAGACGAAUCAUGCAGCAGCUGAUAGCCUUGUAUGGGCACCAGCGGUGGGAUUUCCGCAUAUCGUUGUAAUGAUUGUAAUCGAAUGCAGUUCAAUAAAAGAAUGGGAAUACAUGGACAUAGUAUACAUAUUUCCGUCAGUGGCCGGAGACUUGAGCCGAAAACUAAUCAGAAAACGUCUUUGGCGCUUUGCACCCCAGUGUUAACUAUGUGAUAUAAUUUGUCGGCGAAUAUUUGUUGUUUAUACCCUUAUGACUUUAUUUAAUAAUGAUAACAUACGGAAAUUCUACAACCCUUAGAAUUUUUCUGGAGCGAUCACUAUUAGACAUUUGUGCCUAGAUGGCGAGAUCAGUCAGAUUCAGUUCACAUUAUUUUCGACUAUAUACUAGUUUUUUGGAAGUGUUUUUUACUAGUUCACAUUCAGAGCUCCGGCGCACAAACAUCAGACAUUCAGUUAUCUAUUUGUACUUGUGGGGCAGAGAUUAAAAUAAGAAAGAGAUAAGUCUAAGAAUCAGAACGCAUUUCAAAUGUAUGUUAAUUCUUGUCUAUACUUCAAGGAGAAAUAAAUGC